AUGUCUAAAGCACCGGAACUUCGCAGUAAUUCAGAGAACCCUUCUAGCCAGUCGGCAUUCCGUGAUGGGUUCGAAAAGGGACAUUCCGAAAAAUUGAUAUUAGCGUUGUAUCUUCUUGGAAAUUCCGAAAACGUGCCCCACGCUGUUCAACAGAGCUCACUUCACAGGAUGUAUCCAUGUCUCUGUUACUUGUCAAGUCUCGACAACAUUCUAAUUUUCGGUAUGGCUAUCAUCAAGUCAAGCUUGACUGAUUAG